UCUCCUUAGGGCAGGGUGACGGAUGAUGCCGAAAUUAUUUCAAUAGAAUUCUGGUGUCCUGAAGUCGCAACGCAUUUUUUGCUGAUUUCAACGGUUGUCCACUUUAACGCGGACAGAUUGUGUAACUGAGACGUGAGACGAAAGUGCUCCUGCGAAGGCUGGGUUAGAUUUCAAUAUGUCCACUCUCAAGGAACGUAUUGCUGCGCUGCAAGCCAACAGUGGACUUACACCUCCUGGGAACGGGUCGUCACGGUCUUCGACUCCGUCUCCAGGCCCGCAGCGCUCGCCGUCGGAAAAGGUGCCUGCGAAUCGCUUGAGCGACAAAAUAGCGCGUUUCGACAAACUUGGCGGGGCGCCUGUGCCGAGAAGUGGCUUUGGAUUAGGAUCUCCGCCCCCUCCCGUGUCAAUUCCCCGAAAUACGAGUCAUUCAAGCGAUUUAUGGAGCAAACAGUUAGCUACUGAUGCCAAGCUGACUCGGAGCACAUCAAACCGCUUUUCAAGGGAACCAUCUGAAGAACAACCCACUUCUCCGACUGAGCCGCGUCCCUUUGAAACGAUAAAAGCUCGUCCACCGUCGGUUCUCUCCGCACGUAGUCAUUUGGAACGCGGACUGAUAUCUCCUCAAAUAACUGGAGAACCACUUGGUCUCCCAAGGAGAUCACAAUCGUUGCGCCCUGAAUCCCCUACACCAUUGCCCAAAAGCCUAGUUUCUUCUGUUGAGGAACCUAUGGCUAUGCUGACGACCGCUGCCGUGUCUAACUUGCCAGCUUCUCCGACCCUGCGUUCGACGGAUGCCACGAGCUCAGUUGCUACUGAAAUAGACGUGUCAAGUGAGAGAGCGGGACUUACCCCCUUGACUACGCCUAACUUCUCGAGACCUGUGUCCGCUAUGUCGUCUCCAGCAAUUGAAGUUCCGCUGGCCCUUUCUUCUGUAACGUCUACUCGUGCGGUGUCGAGGAUCGCAUCCAGGGAUGUUGUAUCCUUAGAAAGCACUCCAAUGAAGGCUCGACCGGAGAGCUUGCCCCCCAAAGAUACACCUCCGAAGACCGAAUCGACCUCGCCGCCAGCGUCGAUAUCGUCUUCACCAGCACAACCCUUGAUACCUGCUCUGACAGGCACCUCCAUCGAAAGUGGGCCUCGGCCAUCCACACCUUCCUAUCUCGCGCAAGCGGCAGCGUAUUUUCCGCCUGCCCGAAAUCCAAACCGUCAGAGCUCCAUUUUCCAGGUUCCCUCUUCUAUACGCUCUCUUUCUCCAACUCCUCGCACUCCUCCCCGUGAACCGAGUAUUUUAUCCCUGACGUCGUCACGUUCUGCCGCCUCCGAAUCGCCGAAAAGGGCACCUUCGACCGCUAGCGCUGGACAAAAAGCAUCACCAGCAAACCCCAGCCUGGCUUUGACUCCCGAAUCGGAUUCGAUCCGGACGUCAGUGGAUACUGCUUAUUUCAGUGUAGCAGAAAAUGAGAAUGAGGAUUUUAUAUUUCUUGCUAGUGCAGUUGAUGAAGGUGAGCCCCGCAAUGCACAACUAGAUACGGAUAAUACCACGGCGGCCCCAAAAACGCCCACCUCCAGCACUAACAAUUUGAUCUCAUCUCAAGUGACAGUCGCUCGCACCUCAUCAAUCUCGACGCCAUCUCAACUGCAGCCUCCAAGGGUUUCUCCCCGUCCUCCACCUGAACCUUCCACUGCCAGCCGUGCCGCAUCUUUGAGCUCCAUUCAGGCCAAGCUUGGCCUCCUUCCCUCAGCCAAGAAAACAGCAGCAGGAGGAUCCAUAAGAAACUCUGGGUCCAGACGGAGAUCAGCCCUUCUAAUACCAGGCAAAUGGAUUGAGUCCGAUGACGAAGAUGAUUGUGACGAGGCCGAGGAGGGAGGGAUGGGAUGGGCCAGAAUUGUCGUUGCCGGUGGCCAGGCCAAGUGAUCUAUUUUCACAAUUCUCAAGAAAGAGUCAUAUCGAUUGGCCGGGGUGUUUAGUUUUACUGAUUGAAGAUUGGAUUUUGGGAUACACCGACUUUCUUACGCUACCCCUUUCUGCUUUAUUUUGUCCAUCUUGAUUUUCAGAUAGUGCAUUAUAUGACCGGUUUUACGGGAUUGGAAUACAUUAAUGUCGAAUCGUC